AUGAAUCUCCAACGCCCACCAACCGACGCCGAAUGCGCCUCUUACUACAACGGCCUUCCCAGCCGACCCAGACUCGUAGCGCGGUCUAGCUUAACACCGUUCCCUUUUGAGCGCUUUACACGCUCUGCGAUUGACGACGGUUUGUCGAAUCGGAAAACCCUGGCCGUCGUCGGAGACCAUCCCAUUGUCAGCAAAUGGAACAACGAACCUUCCCUGCUAAGGGGCCAAAUAAUGGAUAUUCUUACCCGGCAUAACGUCGACUGGCACGCGAUUGAUAUCAUCCGCAUAGGAUACGAGGACGAAGACAUGCCUGUCAUUGUCUGGAUCUCGGUCUCGGCGGGUACAACAUGGGAGAUGGGCAACCAAGUUGUCCACGACUGCAGAGAUGCCCUUGUCGAGCACGGGCUUGACGAUGUUCACUGCGAGAUCAAGGAGGCUAGGCUGGUAAAUGUUGUCAGAUGGGGCUCAGCAGCGCAUAUGACGCCUUAG